AGCCUGUCAGACAGGGAGGAGUCUAGCCGGUCAGACAGGGAGGAGUCUAGCCAGUCAGACAAGGAGGAGUCUAGCUUGUCAGACGGGGAGGAGUCUAGCCAGUCAGACAAGGAGGAUUCUAGCUUGUCAGACGGGGAUAAGUCUAGCCAGUCAGACGGGGAGGAGUCUAGCCUGACAGACGGGGAGGAGUCUAGCCAGUCAGACAAGGAGGAGUCUAGCUUGUCAGACGGGGAGAAGUCUAGCCUGUCAGACGGGGAGGAGUCUAGCCAGUCAGACGGGGAGGAGUCUAGCCUGUCAGACGGGGUGGAGUCUAGCCUGACAGACGGGGAGGAGUCUAGCCAGUCAGACAAGGAGGAGUCUAGCUUGUCAGACGGGGAGGGGUCUAGCCUGUCAGACGGGGAGGAGUCUAGCCUGUCAGACGGGGAGGAGUCUAGCCAGUCAGACAAGGAGGAGUCUAGCUUGUCAGACGGGGAGGGGUCUAGCCUGUCAGAUAGGGAGGAGUCUAGCCUGUCAGAUGGGGAGGAGUCUAGCCUGUCAGUCGGGGAGACAGAUGGGGAGGAGUCUAGCCAGUCAGACGGGGAGGGGUCUAGCCUGUCAGACGGGGAGGAGUCUAGCCUGUCAGACGGGAAGGAGUCUAGCCUGUCAGACAAGGAGGAGUCUAGCUUGUCAGACAAGGAGGAGUCUAGCUUGUCAGACGGGGAGGAGUCUAGCCAGUCAGACAAGGAGGAGUCUAGCUUGUCAGACGGGGAGGAGUCUAGCCUGUCAGACGGGGAGGAGUCUAGCCUGUCAGACGGGGAGGAGUCUAGCCAGUCAGACAAGGAGGAGUUUAGCCAGUCAGACAAGGAGGAGUCUAGCCAGUCAGACGGGGAGGAGUCUAGGCCUCAUCAGACUCACUGCUAG